AUGCCGAUGAAUUGGACCGCAGAGGCAAAUGCCAAACUCCUCUUAGGAGUUUUGGACCAACUCAAGGAAACAAAUGUCAAGCUGAACUACCAGAAGCUCGCUGACUAUAUGGGAUCCGAAUGCAACAAGAAAUCUAUCGAGAACCAGUUGAGCAAGCUCAGGAAGUCGGCUGGUUCAGAUUCAAACAAUCAAUCUACACCUGGAACUCCUGCAACUCCUGGAGGUACGCCUAAGAAACGCCGUGCACCCAACAGCGCGAAGUCUACCCCUUCUAAGAAGAAGAAGGUUGUUGAGAAGGAGGAGGAUGAUUCGAGUGAUGAGGAGCACCUCGUCAAUGAGGUCAGAAAUGAGAUUAAGAAUUUGUGA